AUGUUACUGUGAAGUUUCCACUGGUUCGUCUUAGGAUCAAAAACUUCAACCGAAUUAGUAGCAUGCCCACCAAUAGCAUACAGUUUUCCGUUGACUGCAGCCAGACCUAACUCUUCCCACCUACCGACUCGUGGGUCAAACCUCUCUACGGUAUUGAGAAAAGCACCUUCACUGUAUCCUCCCACUGCGUAGAGGCAUCCAUCUAACACGGAGACAGUAAGACGGGCUCGGCGUGAACCCAUAGGUGCAGCAGAAGUCCACUCAUUUCGCCGGACGUCAAAACAUUCAACAAUGUCUAUGGUACUUUCACUGACAGCCUCAAAGCCGCCAAUUGCAUAA